AUGAAGAAUCGAAAUGUUCUUGAAGUAAUCUCUGAUUGUCUUUAAACCUAAACCUUUUAGAAGAACGGACAUAUAUUUUAAAUCCUUUGUAAAUUAAUGAGUUGAAGAAUGAUGGAGAUAGCUAAUUAGCCUGAUACCCGUUUACUAAAUACCUAUUUGUUAAUCAACAGAUCAAUUUGAUCAAGUAGCAAAAUGUUCCCUCACCAACGUGAAGUUUAUUCCACUUUAGGCUUGCAACAAGGAGGAGUCUGAGGACGUGAUGGAUUCGAUUGACGUGACGGGAGAUACUGAGGAUGAAGAGUUAAUACCAGUGACGUACAGGAUCCCCGUUGAGGCAGAUUUCUUCAUUGCAUAUUCUGUCGUCCCAGGCUACUUCUCCUGGCAAGGCAAUGCAAAUCAAGGGUCAUGGUUCAUCGAGGCGCUCUCUGAUGUUUUGGAGAAAUUCGGAACCUCCCUCGACCUGAUGACAAUGAUGAUCCGUGUCAACAGGAAAGUGGCUUAUAACUUCGAGUUAAAUAGAAGAACUGAAUUCUUUAAGAGGAAUAAGCAGAUACCAUGUAUAACGUCCAUGCUGACAAAAGAAGUACGUUUUCCCAGCACGUAAUGUACACGUCAUGUU